UUCGUUUGUGGAAAAGAAUGAUGUUGAAUAAAUAUUAUCGUAUCAUCCACAAUCAUAUUAUGAUCCUAUAUCAUUUUGAUGAAUUAUUACAAAAAUACGAAAAUCAUCAAUUAGAAGAUGGUGAAAUUAUCGACGCAAAUGGUAAAAUUCCACGUUCAUUUUUACAUCUUAUAAUGCCAAGUAUAUGUAAUGCUGUGUACAUAUUUGGUGCAAUGUCCUUUGUCAUCUGGAGUCAACAUUUAAAACGAUAUGCAUUCUUCAAUACAUUACCAGCGUUUCUUCCUGAAGAAGCAAAAAAAUAUAAUCUAACUGUUAUUGCUGUAUGGGCAUUAAUUGUCAUAUUGCAAAUGUUCUUUGGUCUAUCCACACGAAUUGAACAAUAUAGAUUUUUGCAUAUUCUCCAUCUUGAAAGCAACGUAAAUGAAUUGGAAUUAAUGAGUCGACAACAAUUUCAAUGGAUUAUAAAUAUUCGUGAUCGAUUAUUAUCGAUGAAUCGAUCUAUGAUCCUUACUUUUUGUUAUUUAACACAUUUCGUAUGGAUAUUUUCAAUAAUAACCGGAAAUAUGUGGAAUAUUUCAAUCGUAUGGACUAUAUUUUGGUUUCUAGUUUUUCAGAUAAAUGCCUACUACAUUUGUUCAGGUUUGAAUUUAUUAAUUAAUUCAAUUUACCAAUAUUCUGCAUUCAUAGUCAUUUUACAAUGGUAUUUGAUCAUGAAACAACGAUCAAUAAAGAAAAAAAUUGAUCAAUUUUAUCAAAAAUGUAUGGUUAAAUAUUCAAGUUAUCAAAAUGGAAAACUUUUACGACAAUUUCAAUAUGAUCAAAUCAAUAAUCAGUUUGUUCAACUAUUGAAAGAAAUUGAAAACAUAAAUAAACAAUUGACACGUUUCUUGAGUAUAUUGUUUCUGGGAAUGAUUUUAUUAUUAACAUAUAUAGCUUGUCUAUUAUUUUUGGCCAACGUAUCACCUGGUUAUAAAUAUCCAUUCCGUUGUUUGAUCUGUAAUCAUUCAUUGAUACUAUCCAUAUUCAUUUAUAAUUGUUCCAGAAUUGAACAACAAAAUUGGUCAUUGAAAAUGAAUCAAAAAUGUUUGAAUUAUUUACCAAUGAUUAUUCGAAAAACAUAUAAGUUUGGCGAAAUUAAUGGUACUUUGUUGAAAAAAACACCUGGUUUUUCAUUAGUCAAUGGUGUAACAAUCACAUCGAAUACAUUUAUAACCGUAUGA